UCAUCUAUAUAUACAAACACUACACACACACACACCGGCGAUACAACAAACACCUCCACCCCUACACCGCAGACGCCACACUUUCGACCUAAAAUAGACCAAUCAUUCAAACCCAAGUAACUUGCAUCACAAGUCUCCUACAAUCCUAAACCCUAGAUCGCAGCAUUCUAUCCUCUACCAUCAUCAUCAUCCCUAGAUCGUUUCGUUCGAUAAUCCACUAUCCAAUUGCGUACAUUCACACCUCUAAUUUCUCAUAUUUCAUGCUUUAAUCGCUAUUGUUAUUAUACAUACUGUCAAUUAGCUGUUACUGUUCUCCUGUUCGUCCGGAAACCCUAACGAAUUCGAGCAAUUGUCACCUGGAGCAUGACGGAUGCGCAGGUGGUUAAGCGUGCGAAGUAUAAAUCGUCUGUUAAAGACCCUGGCGUACGUGGCAUAUUGAAAAUGACGAGAGAGAGGUUUGUUUUUCAGCCUAAUGAUCCAUCAUUGUCUGUUAAGCUUAAUGUGGAGUUUAGAUUAAUAAAAGGACAUAAAUCGAGCAAGGAGGGUGCGAACAGACCUGCUUUACUUAAUCUUACUCAAGAUCAGGGUAAUUAUAUAUUCGAGUUCGAGAAUUUCUCAGAUAGGGAGAUUUGCAGGGACUUUGUAGCCAAAGCUAUCGCUGGAGAAGUUGGGGGACCCACGUCCGAAAAGUCUGUUCCACAUAAAGAUGAACAGCUUAGCUCCGCAGAAAUGGAACGUCGAAUUAAGCUAUUGCAGGAGGACAGUGAGUUGCAGAAGCUUCAUAAGCAAUUUGUGAUUGGAGGUGUGCUGUCAGAAACUGAAUUUUGGGCGACAAGAAAGAAGUUGCUAGAUGUGAAUGCUAGCAGAAAAGCAAAACAACGGGUUGGGCUGAAAAGUGAGAUGAUUUUCAAUGUCAAACCUUCAUCUGAUGGCCAGUCUAACAGAGUUACUUUUAACUUGACGCCAGAGAUGAUUCACCAGAUUUUUGCUGAAAAACCAGCAGUGCGGCAGGCAUAUAUAAAUUUUGUACCUAACAAGAUGACAGAAAAGGACUUUUGGACUAAGUACUGGAGAGCACAAUACCUUCACAGUACAAAGAAUAUUGUUGCCGCUGCUGCAGAGGCUGCUGAAGAUGAGGAGCUAGCAGUUUUUUUAAGACAAGAUGCCAUUUUGGCUAGUGAAACUCGCCAGAAGAUUAGGAAGGUUGACCCCACUUUGGAUAUGGAGGCUGAUGAAGGGGAUGAUUACACACAUAUUCCGGGUCAUGGGCUAGCUAAUGAAGAUAUCAAGGAUGAACUAGAAGCACAAUAUGAGCCAUACAAAAGAUCUUUCCUGCAAGAUAUCAAUCGACAUGCUGCAGUUGUUCUUGAAGGAAGAACUAUAGACGUGGAGACAGGAGAUACAAGAACUGUAGCUGAAGCACUAGCUAGUUCAAAACGUGUUGAGUUAGCAAAAGAAGCUUCCGAUGGCAAUUCACAUCAAGACCGGAUAGAUAGGAUGAUUCGCAUGGCCGAGAUUGAGGACCUGCAGGCACCACGUGACCCCCCGGUUGCACCCCUUUGUAUAAAGGAUCCACGAGACUACUUUGAUUCUCAACAAGUAAAUGCAAUGAAUCAGUUAUCUGGAUUAAGACAGAUGAAAUCUAGGUUGAGCGCUUCUGAAGCUUAUGGUUCUUUAAGGGCUCAUAUCUCUGAAAUCGGAACCGCAGGCUUCAGUGAUCCCAUAGUUAGACCUGAAGUGGCUUUCCAGGUCUUCAACAGUUUGACCCAGAAUAUAUCAAGCUCCAAAUACCAACUCGGUAAAAACCCACAUGAGAGCAUAUUUGAUACAUUGCCAAGUUUCACAAAAGAAGAGCUUUUGCUUCAUUGGACGUCUAUUCAGGAGUUACUAAAACAUUUUUGGUCCUCGUAUCCUAUUACAACAUCAUAUCUUUACACAAAGGUGAGUCGGCUGAGGGAUGCCAUGUCACAAAUCUACCCAAAGCUACAGGAGAUUAAAGAAUCCGUUCAGUCAGAUUCCCGACAUCAAGUUUCCCUCCUUGUUCAACCAAUGUUGCAGGCACUAGACGCUGCUUUUGCUCAUUAUGAACUAGACCAACAGAAGAGAUCUGCAAAAAGUGGCGAGAAACCGAAUGGGUAUGGUUAACAAUGUUUAUUUAUAUCACUGUUUUAUCGCUUUUAACCAAUCUUGAUUGGUUAUUACAUACAAUUAAAUCAAAUGUACAUUGAACAAAAUUUUGCUGCGAGUCACCUUUCGGUCUAAAAGACCUGUUUUCACUAUUUGGGUGCAUAGGUUGUUAAUGUUAUUCCAUCUGUAAUCACGACAAGGUAUAAAUUAUUAUAAAAUAACUUUUUUUUUUAA